CCACGCGGUCGGCAGACCUCCGGGAGGAGAAACCCGGGUCGCCGCCGCCGCCUUCUCCUCCUCCGUCUCCUGGUCUCCGUCGCCUCUCGGGGAAAGAGGGAGACACAGUGGGCGUCGCGGGUCCCCGCCGGAUGCACCCCCUCCGCGUCUCGGGCUGCGCCGCCUCGCGGGGAUGAAGCACCGGCCGUGAAGAUGGAGGUGACCUGCCUUCUACUCCUGGCGCUGAUCCCCUUCCACUGCCAAGGACAAGGAGUCUACGCUCCGGCCCAGGCCCAGAUCGUGCACGCAGGCCAGGCGUGCGUGGUGAAGGAGGACAACAUCAGCGAACGCGUCUACACCAUCCGGGAGGGGGACACCCUCGUGCUGCAGUGUCUGGUCACCGGGCACCCUCGACCACAGGUGCGGUGGACCAAGACCGCGGGGAGCGCGUCUGACAAAUUCCAGGAGACGUCGGUGUUCAACGAGACCCUGCGCAUCGAGCACAUAGCGCGCACGCAAGGCGGCCGCUACUACUGCAAGGCGGAGAACGGCGUGGGCGUGCCGGCCAUCAAGUCCAUCCGCGUGGACGUGCAGUACCUGGACGAGCCGGUGCUGACGGUGCACCAGACGGUGAGCGACGUGCGGGGCAACUUCUACCAGGAGAAGACGGUGUUCCUCCGCUGCACGGUGAACUCCAACCCGCCCGCCCGCUUCAUCUGGAAGCGGGGCUCCGACACCCUGUCCCACAGCCAGGACAACGGCGUGGACAUCUACGAGCCCCUGUACACCCAGGGGGAGACCAAGGUCCUGAAACUGAAGAACCUGCGGCCCCAAGACUACGCCAGCUACACCUGCCAGGUGUCUGUACGCAACGUGUGUGGCAUCCCAGACAAGGCCAUCACCUUCCGACUCACCAACACCACAGCACCGCCAGCCCUCAAGUUGUCUGUGAACGAGACUCUGGUGGUGAACCCCGGGGAGAAUGUGACAGUUCAGUGUCUGCUGACGGGCGGCGAUCCCCUACCCCAGCUGCAGUGGUCCCACGGGCCUGGCCCGCUCCCCCUGGGUGCCCUGGCCCAGGGUGGCACCCUCUGCAUCCCUUCGGUGCAGGCCGGGGACUCUGGUUACUACAACUGCACGGCCACCAACAAUGUGGGCAACCCUGCGAAGAAGACCAUCAACCUGCUGGUGCGGUCCAUGAAGAACGCCACCUUCCAGAUCACCCCGGACGUGAUCAAAGAGAGCGAGAACAUACAGCUGGGCCAGGACCUGAAGCUGUCCUGCCACGUUGACGCAGUGCCCCAGGAGAAGGUCACCUAUCAGUGGUUCAAGAAUGGCAAGCCGGCGCGCAUGUCCAAGAGGCUGCUGGUGACCCGCAACGACCCUGAGCUGCCUGCUGUCACCAGCAGCCUGGAGCUCAUCGACCUGCAUUUCAGUGACUACGGCACCUACCUGUGCAUGGCUUCCUUCCCAGGGGCACCUGUGUCUGACCUCAGUGUCGAGGUCAACAUCUCCUCUGAGACAGGUGGGCAGCCGGAGGGGCAUCGGGGAGCUGCGGGGAACCAGAGAGGCCUAGAGGGAGGGUGUGGGGGCAGCAGCUUGGAAAAGGGAGGCCAGCGAGGACCUCAUUUGUUCAGGCUGUACACAUUUCUUGAGCCCCUACUAAGUGCUAGGUGCCAUGGUAGGCCCUGGAAUAAAGCAGUGGGAAAAAUAGACUCUGCCCUCCUUGAAAACGUAGUAGGAAAGUUAUUGUUUUUUCAGGUUGCUUCACAAACAAAUCUAUCAUUGCAAACUGGGAUGCAUGAGUCUAGAAAGCAUUUCCAGAGAUGGUCGCGCGUGGACAAGGAGGCCGCCCUGCUGCCCUCGGGGCUGGCCCUGGAGGAGACGCAGGAUGGGAAGCUGCGGCUGGAACGUGUGAGCCGCGACAUGAGUGGCACUUACCGCUGCCAGACGGCUCGCUACAACGGCUUCAACGUGCGUCCUCGCGAGGCCCAGGUGCAGCUGAACGUACAGUGUGAGUCCGCCCGCUCCCCGGCCCGGCCCUCCACCCUACAACCUCCUCGCAGCCCCGCCGCCGCCGCCGCCGAGGCCCCAGACCACGCCGAGCUGCUCCUGGACGCUUUGACCCGAGACAGCAGCGGCAGCUACGACUGCAGCGUCUCUAAUGAUGUGGGCUCGGCCGCCUGCCUCUUCCAGGUCUCCGCCAAAGCCUACAGCCCGGAGUUUUACUUCGACACCCCCAACCCCACCCGCAGCCACAAGCUGUCCAAGAACUACUCGUACGUGCUGCAGUGGACGCAGAGGGAGCCUGAGGCCGUGGACCCUGUGCUCAGUUACAGACUCAGUGUCCGCCAGCUGAACCAGCACAAUGCCAUGGUCAAAGCCAUCCCCGUACGGCGUGUGGAGAAGGGGCAGCUGCUGGAGUACAUCCUGACUGACCUCCGUGUACCCCACAGCUAUGAGAUCCGCCUCACACCCUACACCACCUUUGGGGCUGGUGACGUGGCUUCCCGUGUCAUCCACUACACAGAGCCCAUCAACUCUCCGAACCUGUCAGACAACACCUGCCACUUCGAGGACGACAAGAUUUGUGGCUACACCCAGGACCCGACAGACAACUUUGACUGGACGAGACAGAACGCUCUCACCCAGAACCCCAAGCGCUCCCCCAACACUGGGCCCCCCAUGGACAUCAGUGGCACCCCUGAGGGCCACUACAUGUUUAUCGAGACAUCCCGGCCCCGGGAGCUGGGCGACCGUGCGAGGUUGGUGAGUCCUCUCUACAACGCCAGCGCCAAGUUCUACUGCGUCUCUUUCUUCUACCACAUGUAUGGGAAGCACAUCGGCUCCCUCAACCUCCUAGUGCGGUCCCGGAACAAAGGGGCCCUGGACACGCACGCCUGGUCCCUCAGCGGCAAUAAGGGCAACGUGUGGCAGCAGGCUCACGUGCCCAUCAACCCCAGUGGGCCCUUCCAGAUUAUUUUUGAGGGGGUUCGAGGCUCGGGCUACCUGGGGGACAUUGCCAUAGACGAUGUGACGCUGAAGAAGGGAGAGUGUCCCCGGAAGCAGAUGGAUCCCAGUAAAGUGGUGGUGAUGCCGGGCAGCGGAGCCCCCCGCCAGUCCAGCCUGCGGCUCUGGGGGCCCACGGCCAUCUUCCUCUUGGCGUUGCAAAGAUGAUGAGAGCUGCCUGGCCCCACCCCGCCCCCGGCACACCAAAGUGUCCACAUUGUACCAAAGACUGACCCCCACCAGCCGGGGUGCCCUGGGGCAGGGCCGGCCCGCCGGGGAGGGGCCUGCAUUGCCUUCGAACAAGGACAGAGAAUGAGGACCCGGCGCCGCACCGAGGCCCUGGAGACAGUUUGACACACGCACACACUCACACGUUCACACUCACACACAGAGAUAUAUUAAAGCACAAGUUUCUAUCCGACCUGCCAGCACCUUCUUUCCUACGGAGACAGGGGACUUGCUUGAAUGGCGUCCGCCACCCAGGGACCUCGACACAACACUGGCCUCGUCCUACCUGCGUUUGAGGUGUGCUUCCGACCUUCCUCCUGUCCCCAGCUCAAGGCAGAGCUCCAGCCUGGUGGCCUGGCCGGAAGGGAGCCGGAAACGGGAGUCAGGAGACCCCCUCCUCUGGUCAGACUCUGGGACCCCCGCAGGAGGAGACAGGGGUCAGAGGAGGGCCAGGUGGGGCCCUGUGAGCUCCAGAGGACUGCAAGCAAGGUAGGGACCCUGCUGCGUACAACUGCUCCCCGAGGGAGGGCUGUGUGGCGGCAUCCUCCGCCACCUCGGACCUCUGACCUUUUUCUGAGACACCGUGUCCUUCUCUUCGCUGUGCCCUCUGGAAGGGACCCAGCACAGGGUCACGGACCCGGGCGGUCUGAAGACGGACACCUCCCCCUGCCCCAGGAGCUGGGCUCCCAAGAACACAGUCCCUACCCUCACUCAGCCCCAAGCUGGGCUCCGAGGGGCCAGCGGUGGUGGACAGGCCGUUUUCGGGGUGGGACAGGGAGAAGUCCUGCUUCUGUGAUUUCGUGCCCCCACACAGGAGUUGGGAGUGGAACUUCCGUCUCAUAUAUUCGGCAUGACCGGGUGCCCUGCGUCGGGGGAGAGGGCAGAGCACUGCCCAGCUGGCUAUUCCCUCCACCCCCAGGGUCACUGAAGGAGCAGGGUAUAGAGGCGGGGUGACAGAAGAGGUGAUGAGUCCCCUUGUUCCCUGGAGCUGUUCCCUGUCCCUGGGUCCUAGUCAGGAUGGCAGCUACAGGUCACCUCCUCAGUGCCAGCCCUCAGCUGCCCACCCGGCACCCAUGGCAGAGGAGCCCCGUCCCUCCGUAAUGAGUCUGUGCGUGUGUGUGUGUGUGUGUGUGUGUGCGUGUGCGUGCCCGUCUGUGUCUGCAUACCAUGAGGGCACAUCUCUGAGCGGGAGCGUGCGUAAAUAAAGGUCCGUGUGCACAAUUAAACAUGUCUGAGAGGCCGGCUCUGUACCGUCUCUGUGAGUGUUCAUGUAAGUCAGCAAGCCUGUCCACCUUCACGAGUGACCUGUGUGUUUGUGGGGGACCGGCCAUGGACACCACUUCUGGCCCUAUUCUGUAGUCUCGAGCCGCUUUCCACAGCCUGAAAUCCCACACCUAUCAGCCAUCCCCUGUGGGUGACAGGGGGCUUACAGAUGACCCUAUGGAAUGCAGACACAUCCGAUGUGUGCCCAGGCUCCUUCAGGGCUUUUGCUGGGGACAGCUGCAGAGAGGCCUGGAACCCAGGCAGCACUGACGUGCCAGGAGGCAGGCGGGGAAACUGCCCAGCUCCCUGCUCUGCUAGGCCUGUGUUGUCAUCGCCAAGAGCUGGUGGGUGGCCAGGCCAGGCUGCUGCGGGGUCUCCAAGGCUGGGUCUGAAUGAGUCGCUCCAGGUUCCCAGCACACCUUCCAUGGCAGCCAUGCUGAUUGUUCCUUAAUUGUCCCAUCUGUGCAGAGUCUGUUUCCCCAACUAGACUGUGAGCUCCUCCUCCUCCUCCCAGCCUCCCGAUCCCUCUCUUCCUCCUCCCACUCCUGCCUGGCACAAGACAGCCUGGGAUGGAAACUACCCAGCUUUGCCCAGAGGAAUGGAUUCCAUAAAGCAAUGGUCCUCGGCCCCGGCUGCAGAAGGAAACUACCACAGGGUUUUUAGAAAGCACCAUUGCUUGGAUCCCAGCCCAGGGGUUCUGAUUUAAUGGGACUGGAGCACAGCCUGGCAUCAGAAAUGCUGAAAAGCUUCUCAGGAGACCCGGAGGGAACCACUGGCCUCUUACCUUACCGGCAGCCUCUGGGCCCUUGCUGGGGCCAGGAUUGGAGCACCAGAGAAACGGCCCCAAGUGCUUCCUCUUCGGGGCUCCUGUGGCACCCCAUACCUGCUGCCCUGCAACUGUCCCUCACCAUGGCUGCGUCCUCUCGGGGUCUCCUGCCCCAUGCACCUGUGUCGGACGCGGGAAGUACACACGGCACAGACUGGCUGAGUGGAGCUGCAUGUUAGUCCCCGUGCUCCCAGUCUACAUGGUGAGAAGGGUCGCUCUCUGUGAGAGGACAGCCCUGCCCGGAGGGUGCUCGGCCUGGGGUGGUCCUGUGUUCGUGUCUGCUCACAUCAGCCGGUGUGGGUGUGCGGUGUCUGUGCACGAGCGGUGCCCGGUGCCCGGCAUGUGCCCAUCUGUGUGAGUCUGUGUGCGUGCGUGCCGAUGCUGCGAGGAAUGCGUGUUUUCGUGCGUCCCUG